UUUAAAAAUCUAAUGAGGCGGAGCGUUCAGCAGAGGGGCAUUCUAAUUCAGAUUUCCGCAGCAACAUCAGGCUUGGGUUGAUAUUCGAGUCAGGGAUCUACAGAGUUAUCCCGUGUGGAAAUAAAAUCCCAUGGAUAUAUCGAGACCCUGAAAUCGGACCCUUUAUUAAAAAGGUGUGCAGAGUCAUGGCUGACCUGGAGGUGUACCUGUCUCCCUCCCAGAUGGAGGCCCUUCACCUGAGCCCCACCCUCUCCUCCACCUCCUCCACCACCUUCUCCUGCCCCUCCUCGCCCGGCUCCUCCUCCACCUCCUCCGCCUGCUCCGACUGCUCCUGCGACUGCCCCGGCCGGGGGGACCGGGACCUGCCCUCCCAGCUGCAGCGCGGCCGGCCCCGCUCCUCCAGCCCCAGCGCCAGCCCUCGCUCCUCCAGCCCCAGCAGCAGCAGCAGCGGAGGGGGCAGCAGCAUCAGCAGCGAGGGCCCGAGGGGUGGCAGCCCCCCGCUGGACGCCAUCUCCGAAGACGCCCUGGAGCUCGACCUGGCCAGCGACGUCGAGGUCGGGGACACGGCGGAAAAGCUUGCCGGUACGGAGUUGAAGGUCGUCGACCCGGAGGUGGCUCUGAAGGUCGUCGACGCGGAAGUGACUCUGAAGGUCGUCGAGCCGGAAGUGGCUCUGAAGUUUGUCGACCCGGAAGUGGCUCUGAAGAUCAUUGACCCGGAAGUGGCUCUGAAGGUCAUCGACCCGGAAGUGUCUCUGAAGGUCAUCGACCCGGAAGUGGCUCUGAAAGCGUGCCAGCAAGUGCUCCAAAAGGUCAAGCUCCUGAAGGGCGAGGUGGACGCGGGGUCAGAGGUCUUGGACAGGUGCAGCCCUCAGCGACGCCCGCUCAACGGGGGCGGGGCCUACCUGGAGCCCUGCGAUACCUCCUCCAUCAAGGAGGAAGACGAGGAAGAGGAGGAGGAGGAGGAGGGGGAAGGGGGGCGGCACCCGACACCGCGCUGCGUCGACGUGACCCCUCCGCCCGCCCCGCCUCCGGGCCUCUCCCCCUCCCCCUCCUCCUCGUCCAAACAAUCCUGGCUCCUCCGCCUGUUCGAGUCCAAGCUCUUCGACGUCUCCAUGGCGAUCUCCUACCUGUACAAGUCCAAGGAGCCCGGCGUGCAGGCCUACAUCGGCAACCGCCUCUUCAGUUUCCCCGACGACCACGUGGACUUCCACCUGCCCCAGCUGCUCAACAUGUACGUCCACAUGGACGAGGAGGUGAGCGAGGCCAUCCGGCCGUACGUGGUCCACCGCUGCCGGGCCAGCAUCUCCUUCUCCCUGCAGACGGCCUGGCUCCUGGGGGCCUACUCCUCCGACAUGCACAUCUCCACCCAGCGCCACUCGCGAGGCACGCGCCUGCGCAAGCUCAUCCUCUCCGACGAGCUCAAGCCCCAGGGAGGGGCGGCUCAGGGUGCCGCGGGAGCCCAGCCAGGGGCUUCCAGUCCUGGGCUGAGGGACUGCGGUAGGCCCCAUCACCACCACCACCACCAUCAUCAUCACGCGUCGCCCCCCAGCCCGGCCUCCCCCGCCCUGGGCUGCCCCGGUCCGGCCGAGGCCUCUCUGUCGCCCUCCAGGAGGACCCACCAGAGGUCGAAGUCGGACGCCACGGCGACCGUCUCCCUCGGGGGCAGUCUGAGGAGAACUGGAAGCAACCCCAAGGUGGAGACGGGACACGAUGAGCCGGACCGUCUCCGGCCCCAGAGGGAGUUCGUCAAGUCCCUGAUGGGCAUCGGCAAGCGCCUGGCCACGCUGCCCACCAAGGAGCAGAAGACCCAGCGUCUGAUCUCGGAGCUGUCGCUGCUCAACCACAAGUUGCCCUCCCGCGUCUGGCUGCCCACCGCCGCCUUCGACCACCACGUGGUGCGCGUGCCGCACACCCAGGCCGUGGUGCUCAACUCUAAAGACAAGGCUCCCUACAUCAUCUACGUGGAGGUCCUGGCGUGCGACAGCUUCGAGACGUCCUGCGUCCCCGCCCGCAUCCCCGAGGCCCGCAUCCGGACCGCCCGCUCGGCCGAGAACCUUCCGGAGUGCGCCGGGAGCGGCGGCGUCGGCGGGAUCACGGCGGAGCAGCGCGCGUCCAGCUUCUCCACCGUGCCCAACUACGACAACGACGAGGAGGCAUGGGCGCUGGACGACAUGGACGAGCUGCAGGUGGGCCUGGAGGGCGGUGGGGCGGCCGGCGCCAGCGACACCGUCUCCCAGUUCUCCAUGGACAGCCUCACCAGCCUGGAGAGCAAGGAGCCCGUGUUCAUCGCUGCUGGGGAUAUCAGGCGCCGCCUGUCGGAGAACCUGGCCCACACCCCCACCACGUUCCGCCGUGACCCGGAGGACCCCUCGGCCGUGGCGCUGAAGGAACCCUGGCAGGAGAAAGUCAGUCGUAUCAGGGAGGGCUCCCCCUAUGGCCACCUCCCUUCGUGGCGGCUGCUGUCGGUCAUAGUGAAGUGUGGAGACGACUUGAGGCAAGAGCUGCUGGCCUUCCAGGUGCUCAGCCAGCUACAGUCUAUCUGGCAGCAGGAGAGGGUGCCCCUGUGGAUCAAGCCCUACAAGAUCCUGGUGAUGUCAUCAGACAGCGGCAUGAUUGAACCCGUGCUGAACGCUGUGUCCUUGCAUCAGGUGAGGAAGCAGAGCCAGCUGUCCCUGCUGGACUACUUCCUGCAGGAGCACGGCAGCUACACCACCGAGAACUUCCUGUCCGCCCAGAGGAACUUUGUCCAGAGCUGCGCGGGCUACAGCCUCAUCUGCUACCUGCUGCAGGUCAAAGACAGGCACAACGGGAACAUCCUGCUGGACUCGGAGGGGCACAUCAUCCACAUCGACUUUGGCUUCAUCCUCUCCAGCUCUCCUCGGAACCUGGGCUUCGAGACCUCCGCCUUCAAGCUCACCAGCGAGUUUGUGGACGUGAUGGGGGGUCUCGAUGGAGACAUGUUCCUCUACUACAAGAUGCUGAUGCUGCAGGGCCUCAUCGCUGCCAGGAAGCACAUGGAGAAGGUGCUCCAGAUCGUGGAGAUCAUGCAGCAAGGUUCCCACCUGCCGUGUUUCCACGGCUCCAGCACCAUCCGCCAGCUGAAGGAGCGUUUCCACAUGUCCCUGACGGAGGAGCAGCUGCAGGUGCUGGUGGAGCAGAUGGUGGACGGCUCCAUGCGCUCCAUCACCACCAAGCUGUACGACGGCUUCCAGUACUUCACCAACGGCAUCAUGUGAACACACAGACACACACACAGGCGGAGGACAGAAACACACACGUACACACGCUGACAGUAGAUGGAAAGGACAGCACACACACACACACACACACACAGAGGAAAAACAUGUUUACACACACGCAUGCAGGCGUACUCGCGGGUGGAGAUGCAUGGCUUGCCUCAACAGCAUACUUGAAGUCAUGCAUACACACCCUCACACUACACACCCUGUCUGGAAACUGCGUGUGAGCCCUCCUUCCAGAACCCUAUCUUCUCCUCCUCCUCCUCCUCAAUGCACCUUAUGAGAAAGUUCCGGAGGGAUAAACAGGGGUUUGGAAACCUCCUGCUGUGAGUGGAGGUAUGAAAUUGAAUAUGGGGAGGGGCAACAUGUGAAUGGGAGGACUCAAGAGAAUGUGGGAGGAGCCGAAAGGGGCGCAGCGAAUGACCAAUGACUGUCAUUGGAACUCCUGUGCAACGGUAGCAGGAUGGAGACUCCAUGAGUUGCACAUGCCUAACCAGCUGUACUUGUAAACUUUGUUCCUUGAGAACAGAGACGGGCUCUCAGGAGCCUGGGGGAAAGGCUACUGUGUAGAGUCUGUGGAAGCACAACGUUGAACCGUAUCAAGGUUCUCAAAAAGAACGUUUUCUUUCUUUGCUCUCAGAGAAUGCGUUUGGCGUUUGCGUUUGACUAAGAGCAUCCUGGGAGAGAGAGAGAGAAUGUAAGAAAAGAGACUGUAAACCAUCUAAUGCGUGAUUGUUUAUCUAUCUUGGUGGCCUAAUUCUGUUUCACCAAGGAUCAGGUUUAGGCAGUCCAGGUUUUUCGAGUAAACUGGAAGUUUUAUGUGAACUAAGACCAACUAACAGCCAAACGUUUGUGUUUUUGCUUUCUAAUUUUCAAACCUUCAACGUUGAACCAAAAUGACUACCUGUGGUAAAAUGACAAACCCGUUGCAACAGAUUUAUGCAAAAACUCAUAUUGAUGUUCCACUAACGUAAGUCUGUAACCCUUUACUAAGUGUGUAUAUUAAUGCAUUAUUAUAAUUAUGCUUAUUAAUGUUAUUACAACAAGCAUAUGUUUCGUUGAUGUGAUUUUACAUAUUUAACUAACGCUCGACAACAACACCCGCCAGCUGGGUGGCGAAUGGAUUGUAACUCCAGCGAAACCGGGAGAGAAAGCUGUCUUGGAGCGGACGAUUUGUACUUAACGGGAGAUGGGAUGUUCUCUCACCGUGAGAAUCUCUCGGCCUGAAAUACCAUUCUUCGUAUUCAAAAACAGAAUGAACUCAGCCCCUGGAUAUGUGAAUGUUUUAUAUGAUACUCUACUAAACGCGUUUUCUUUUGAUGUAUUUUUGUUCUUUUUCGUCAGUCUCCGACACCAUUGUGUAUAUUCAGUAUUGGCUGUUUCUGACACUGGCUGCCUGGGUUUUAACUGUCAAUCAAGUAGCGGCAGAUGCCACUGAGUGGCAGAUAAACCGACGGAGCUUGGAACCACUAAUGACGGGCAGGAAGUGUGUGCUCGUUCCUGCGCUAGUUAGUUAGCUUAGUUAUUUAGUGAAGUCGAUAGGUGUUCCUGUGAGCAAACUGAUGCCUUGAGUCGUACUGAAGGUACAACUGUUUAUCAAUGCAAAUGUUCCCGCGACAACGAGGGCGUGCCGGUCAUGUUCCCAGGAAGUGCUUUAUUAAGGAAGUUUGAUCUCUUCUGACCUUUUUAAAAGACAUGUCCGUAGUGGGAUCCAUGAAAUGACCUUGACCUUUGACCCCAAUUUCCCAAAACGGUCAACCAUCGCUGACCCCAAUCCUGAU